UGUGUCGAUCGAUCUCUAGCCACGCGAAGCAACCUACCGACGACGUACGUACGUACGUACGUUACGGUCAGACAUGGACAAGCUAUGCGACGACGCGCUCGCCGACAUCCUCCGCCACCUCCCGCCACGCAGCCUCGCCGCCUCCCGUUGCGUCUGCACGGCGUGGCGCGCUGCCGUCGACAGUCACCGCCUGCUGCGUGCGGAUCUGCUCCCGCUCUCACUGGACGCCGUCAUCUUCACGACGGGCGACCCGAGAGACCCACUCCUCUUCUGCCGUCCCACCACGGGGCGCAGCAUCAUCACCAGGUUCGACUACAUCGACGCCGACAUGGAGCCGUGGUACGUGUGGUCUCUCUUGGACUGCUGCAACGGCUUGCUCCUGCUUGAUGACCACGUGGUCAACCCCGCGACGCGGCAGUCCGUGCGGUUCCCCGCGUACCCGCCGCCGUGCACGGUGCCGGGCUGCACAAGCUGUAAAGACAUCGAGCGUAACCAAUACCUCGUCUAUGAUCCCACCGUCUCGCCGCACUACGAGGUGGCCUUGAUCCCUCAUAUUCCCAGCGAGCUUUCCAUAGGGCACAUCGCAAAACAUGACUGCGGCCAUGGACCCGACGUCUCGGCAAUGGAAUGGCCACCGUCGCCAUUCAUCAUCGACGUCUUCUCGUCAAAAACCAGAUGUUGGACGGAAAAGUCAUACACGCGAGAAGGAGAAGCCGCGGGAACCGUUGCCGACCUGAAAACUGAUCAUGGCGCCUUCCUUUACCACUCCGCGUAUUGGCACGGAGCGCUCUACGUUCGUUGUGAAGAAGGUUUUAUGUUGAGAAUAAAUUUGUUGAAUGAUAGGUACCAGGUAAUUAAGCUGCCAAAAGGAAACGAGGGAGAGCCUUAUCUAGGAAAAUCAGAGAAAGGGGUGUACUGUACAUUGAUCCAUGAACAAUGCACAUGUGAAAUUUGGUUCCUAGAUGAAUCGAGUGGUCAGAUGGAUUGGGUGCUAAGGAAUGAAAUCAACCUUCAGUUUGCCGUCAAAAAAUAUUUUUGGAAUGAUGUUCAUCACGAACCAUGGACCUUACAUGAUCCAAUGUGUAUGACCAAGAAUAUAGUCAACAUUAUGCGCCUAGAUGACGAGAAUGGCACUCUAGUGAAGGAUGUUUUUAGUUGGGACUCAGAUGAUGAAAAUGCUAUUGACACCACAGGCAGGCCUAGAGCACAUGAACGCAGCUCUCCUCUUUUCCACUGUUUUGGAUUUCAUCCUUAUAAGGAAAUUGUCUUGUUUUAUGAUGACCGCCACUGUACAAUAACAGCCUACCAUUUGAAUAGCUCAAAGAUCCGUUAUUUGGGAAAGGUGGAAAGCUUCUACAACGACAUAAGAGAGUGGUUUCCAUAUGCCGCAUGUUGGGUGAGGGAUCUACCUGGGAGCUGACUUAUGUGCAAUUUGGAUUGCAACUGAUCCGGCCCAGUUCUGCUAUACUUGUAUCCUUUCUCUCUCAUGGAUAAUAUCAGUGAUCAUGUCCCAAUUUUUUUGACAAAUGGUGAUUUUUAUUGAUUCAGAAUAGAGCAUCAAGAAGAUACAAACACAAUGAGCGCACACCCGGCCUCUGCAUACUUGAGAUGCACACAGCCGACAUCAACACAUACACACAUAAACACGCCGACAAGUAGCAAAGUCAUAUAAGACAAAAGCUAUGCCUAAGCGAGGAAAAAAAAUCUCAAAGCGAUCAAGACAGCGAUCGACAAACUACAACAAUGACC